UCACGGUUUAAUCCAUCACUGAAGAUUGAAGAAUAUGUCGGCGAUGGGAACUUGCCCGUUGCCGCGCCCAUCGCCGGCGGUUCAUCUCCGGCGAAGUCAAAAUCCAAAUUUCUUCUCUUACAACACGGCGCCAUGUUUCCCCUACGUGAGAUGCACUCUGAACCCCACCUGCGCCACUAUGGAAACCCAGUUCCAAGGCCGAAUGUUCAUUUUGGGAAUGGGUUUCGUCGGAGAGUUCUUCGCUGCGGAUUUGAAGAGUAAAGGAUGGACUGUAUCUGGAACGUGUACUAGCGCUGCCAAGAAGAAGAAACUGGACGAAAUGGGAUACGAUGCAUUUGUGUUUGAUGCCAAAGAUCCAUUACCAGAGGUCCUAGAUGUCAUGAAAUGUCACUCACAUCUUCUUAUCUCCAUUCCACCUGUUCCCGGCACUGGUGAUCCCAUGCUUCAACACAGAAAACUACUUAAUAAUAGAUUGAAAGGUGGCGACCUCCAGUGGCUGGGCUACUUGUCAUCAACUAGUGUAUAUGGAGAUUGUAGCGGUGCAUGGGUAGAUGAAGAAUUUCCAGCAAGGGCUACAACUGAAUCGGCCCGAGCUAGAUUGGCCGCUGAAGAAGGAUGGUUGCAGUUAGGUCUUGACCUUGAGAUCGCUUCACAAGUAUUUCGACUUGGUGGUAUCUAUGGCCCUGGCAGAAGUGCUGUUGAUACCAUUCUUAAGCAGGGGGCUCUUUCAAAGAGUCAGCUCGUGAGAUCAUCUAAGCGUUUCACUUCUCGAAUUCACGUUGCUGACAUCUGCCAAGCGCUCAAUGCCAGUAUUCAAAAGCCAUCUCCCGGUAGGAUAUACAACAUAGUAGAUGAUGACCCUGCUCCUAGAAAGGAAGUAUUUCAAUUUGCAGAGAGCUUGGUUGAGAAGAAAUGGCCAGACAGCAUCAAACAAUGUAAUCUUACUGAAGAUGCAUCUUCACUUGGUCCCAAAGGAGCUUAUAAUGGAGGUGAGAAGAGAGUUUCCAAUGGCCGCAUGAAAGAAGAACUGGGAGUGAGGCUGCUAUACCCUACAUACAAAUCUGGGCUGGCAAGCAUUGUUGAGCGCGUGGCCCGCCCUCCCCUGCAAAAUUCAUUGGCCGAUUAAGGGCAACCACAAUAGUAGUUUUUAGGUAGGUUUUUGAGGUGGAAAUGCUUAUGUGGAGGCGAGAGAAGAAUUGAGAGUGUUACGGACUUACGAAAUAUAAAUUAUAAGGUGGACUACUGACAUAUAAGUUCAUUUUCAGUAUACUGAAGAUUCAUUUUUAAUGUGUUUUACAAGUUCAUUUUUUUUAAAGUUCAUUCUUAGUGUAAUGUAAAUAUAUCAAUUUUUAUAUUGUGGGUUAAAAGUUCACCUGCAGUUAACAUUGUUAUUGUGGAUUAGAAUUCACCUGUAGUUAACA